AUCAAUUUGCGUAAUCACGUGCCGUUAGACGUCAUACAAUGUCUGGAAGUCGAUGGAGAUCGACGGCGACUGCUACGAGAGCUGAAGACGUUGUCGUUCUUCUUAUCGACAGAGUUCUUGACGGGUACAAUUUCGUGCUACUCGGAAGUGGAGAGACGGGGAGAGACGAUGAAUCUGGGCUUGAAACGUUUCCUGACGACUGGAAUGCUUCGUCUGAUGUUUACAGUUUGAGAUACCGGCAUCCUACCUCGUCCAAAAAAUUUUUACUAAAAAUUGUGAGAUUGGACGACCAGCUCUUGCUCCAUCUACUGGAAGUUGGCAGUGAUCAAAUAGAGACGGCGACUGUGACAACAACAGACUUUGUGUGCAGUGAAGACUAUAGCAACAUGGAGAGGUGCACAAAAAACCGUAACGAAAUGACUGAAAUUAUUAAGAAAGAGUUGCUGGCCAAUAUUCUUACGUCAUCGUCGGAAAGUUCAAAGUCUUGCAGUCAAAGCGAGAAGAGACAAACACAGUCACGACUGGAAGAUGAUCCUUUACGUAUUGCUCCUCAUCAUCAUCGCAGUCAGUUUGUCAAUCCAUAUAGAGAUGGUCUAUUAGAUCCAUCACCACGUGGAUUUGGAGACGCAGACAGAAUGCCAUUCCACAGUGGCAGUGGUGGAAUGGUGAUGGAUCCAUUUCGAGCAGGAGGAGGAAUGGGUGGACGAAUGCCAGACUACCAUGACCCGAGACUGCCAAGAGGAGCUGUUCCUCCUGGUGCUCGAUUUGAUCCAUUUGGCCCACCUGGGUUUGGUCCAGGGCUACAUUCGUAUGGACCAUCCAGACCAGAUCAUGAUCACAUGAAGCCACCGGGUUUUGAUGACAUGUACAUGUAGACACAUAACAGGAGUUCUGUUGGAAGACGUUUCUAUGUCGCAAAGAAGCAUAUGUAUUAGAUGCCUUUACUUAAUGCAAAUUUGGGUUAGUAAUACAACUUGAAAGCACGGUAGUUACU